CAGCUUUGAUAAUGGCCCAAGCCUGAGGAUCGCCUGGUUUCGUUAGCGGAGAGGAGAGGCAAGGACGAUGGACCGUGAGCGGUCCCAUAGUCAAGGACUCACCAAAGAAGCCGAGCACGAGCUCGGCGAUGCCACUGCCAACAGCAGAGGAUCCAACAUUGUCGAGUGAAAGAUGCAAGACCCGGCCAAGGGAUUUCAAUCAGGGUCACGUUGACUGGGUACAAGACGCCAUGCUGGCGUCCUGUCCAGGCGAGGACAUUUGAUCAUUCGGUGAGUCAGAGGGGGUUGCUUGCCUCGAUCAGAAUUCAGAAGAGCGAGAAAGACACUGACAAGAUGGGAUCGCUCACGGACGAUGCGGAGGCGGCGCAUCCCACUUUCCUAUUUUUUGGUGAUUCCAUCUGGCCAUCGGUGCUCACCUCCCUGUGGCACUCUCGUCACCAGGCUCACGAUCUGGGUAUUGGUGUGAGCUCACUGGUUUUGAAUUUGCUUCGAUCCUCCUGUUAUGGAAAUCUUUCGCGGUUUAGUUCCUACGACAGUUUUCGCUACUGGUUAUUUCGGAAUUUUGAGUUUUGAGGUGUUUGUGGUGCACACUGUUGCUGGGUAGCUGGGACAGCUGCUUCUCAUCGUAGCCGGUGAUCGAGCUAAGUGGCUUAACCUCGCGCGCAGUACAGUGAGAUGCUGGCUUAAUUUAUUAAUUCUUAUCUCUCCUCUUUCCAGGAAGUCAAAUGAUGGGAUUAGGUCUUGGAAGCUGGUGUGUCGAGAUGGUCUUUCUUCAGACGAGUGAAGGGAUUCCCCGAAGGAAUAUAGCUUUAUCGCAAAAUUCUUACUUAGAGGUCGUGUAGAAGCCUCCUCAUUCUCAGGCAUCCGGGGUGUAAUGGUGAGAGAUGUGCUGCGACAAACGGCAUGUAGAAUCAUUUGGUUUAGUGGUGAAUUCAUGCUGAGAAAGUUCCAGAGAUUGAACUUGAUUUCGCGACAUUCCCCAGUCGUUAAAAUCUAACGAGCAGCAUGAGAAGCACCUUUCAACUGGAAAAUUUGGAUGAGGUUGCCAUAUGAUUUCACCUGCUAUCAAAGUCGAUGUUGAUGUAUCGGUUUCGUGUGCAGCAUUCCGAUGACUCUUCUUUAGUAGUUUCAAAGGUUGAAGAAAUUGCUGGAUCACCAUGUCAGACGAGGAAUUUGAACCGAUUAUUGAAUCGGGAAUAGAAUAUACCGGCGUCUCUUUAUUCAGAACAGCGCUGCAGAGUGCCUCAUCUGCCCGGACUCCCACUACACGCUUCACUCCAGCCUCGCCUCGUUUCUCUCAAACUAAACUACCCUCCACCCCAGAAAAGCUAGAGCCCAAGAGUUACUCAGCUAGCGUCAGUAGAGAUGUGCCUGAAAAUGAAAGAAAGCCUACACCUCGGGUGCCAAUCCUGCACUCGAAGUCGCUGACUUAUCCUGGGAACAUCAAUUUUCCGCUAGACAGCGCGCCGACUCCACGUCCAUUGAGGUCGGAACGCUGGAGUGGAGGUGGGUCAAGUCCUGGGGCACCAAGGAAAGAGGUCCUUUCAGCCGGUCGCACCAGCAACGUACACACCCUAGGUUAUACUUCGACACCGAGUCCAUGGAGAGGAGUGCGAAGCGGCGAAGUUGGAAAUUCUAGAGCUCCUGUGAAGCAGCCCGUGUCUGCCCAGUAUCGUCUCAGCAAUGAUUACAUCCAUGGUGAUGGUUCUUCGCCGGCUUCUAAGUCUGCGCCUGUUCGGCAUCUCUCUUUCUCCAGGUGUUCGUUCAAGCGCAUGUCUGCUGAUAUCCGAAAGCUUAGAGAGCUCGCGAGACAGGGAUGCUGGAAGAGGGUUAUUGAAAGAGUGAAGGGCGCGCAGAAACGAGGAUUGCUCUCAACUCUAGAUCAGGAGAUUGCGUACGGGACUUACCACCUUCUGGCACUGAUGAAGCUUCAGGAUUACCGCGCUGCAGCACACGAAAUUGCAGCUUUCGGUGACUUGGACUCUCCACAGUACAGAUUCGAGAAUCAUCCGGAAUUGUAUCCUAAUAAGUCAGGGUCGAUGGUGCCAUGGUCUUUACGGUGUAUGCAUGCCGAGCUUCCCCAUCGAGAAGGAAAGACUGGAGAGACUUUGCAUCGUCUCUACGAGCUUCUUAAUCACUGUGACGCUCAGAUAGACGUUCUGCAAGCUGAAUAUUCUUUGAACAUGGCGUCAACCACUUGCUCAGAGCCGCUCAAGAGCACCCUCACAUCAAAUGACGACGAGCAAACCGAGGAAUCUGCGGCUGCUUCCGACAUUCAGGUUUUAGAAGGGUUACUGUCUACAUGGCGAAAGCGAAGAGAGAUCGUGUCCUUCUCCAUAGUCAGUCAUCACUUGUAUGAGCAGCAGUUUCUAGUUGCGCUUCAAUGGUUGGAUAAGCUCAUGGCCAAGUCGCCAGCAGAUCCUUACUUGCAAACAAAGGCCAUUCUUAUACAACUUCAACUAGGUGAUGUUGUUGGAGCUCAAAAAACCUUCUCUGCGGUCGAGGCGUUGGUGUCCUCUACUCCAGAAUCGUCCAAGUUACAGGACUUGCUAGGUCGGACCAGGGGAGUUCUAUACAUGGCCCAGGGCGAGUUUUCCAAAGCCAUUGAAGAAUUCGAUGCCGUCUUGGCUAGAAAUUCUGACGAUAUUGUGUGUGCUAACAACAAGGCACUAUGCUUGCUGUAUAACCGGCAGCUAACGGACGCAGUCGACACCCUUGAAAACGCGAUCUUCAAGGGCCCGAAACGGCUAACAAGCGAAGCGGUCGUGGCGAACGUUUGCAGCAUGUACGAGGUGGUGUCGUUUAGCAGUGCGGCUGCUAAGAGAAGCUUGAGGACAUGGAUAAAGGAUCACGGGCCAGAUGAUUUCGAACCGUCUUCAUUCCGGUUGUAGUCCGCCUCCGCAUGAAACGUGCCUCCCACAGGGCGGAUUCAAGGAUUCUUCUCUUCUCAAGCCCACUUGAACCCAUGGACAGUCCCUGAACGCCGAGGUUCCUGAAGCUGGCACCAACCCACCGCAGCAAAUCCAUGCACACCCAUUUCUCGAUCUUAGUUCGAAUGAUCAUCAUGCCAAUAGAGCUGGUUCUUACCUUCGGUUGGGUGGGUACGCACGAACCCAACAGGAAAUCCGCGUACAAAUUGCUCAGGGUGCUGCCGGCGUUAAAUCCACUCCGAUGCAUCUCAGGAAGUCUGAUGCACCUUGCAAUCGAUAGUCUGGAGACAACGCUAGAUCCGCUCCUUCAGAUGAGAGAUAGCAAUGCUUUCGGCACUCACAGGCCGGUAGUUUACCCAUGUUUGAGAAUCUUUGGUGCACUGCGGAAUCUGCCUACCGACAAUGAACUACGUCGUCAUUUACGCGACGUUAUGCAAAGCUUUCGAGUCCACGGCUUUUAGUCUAAUGCUAACGCUGACAUGUUUCAAAGGA